AAAAAAAAGCUUUUUGGUAAUAAUACAAAUAAAUAUGCAUGAUCGAUAAAUUUUCUAUAUAUAUAUAUAUAUAUUAAUUCAACUUUCUACCGCUACGUGGCUCUGGCUUAGAUCAACAUAACCUAUUUUAUAAAUGUGAAUUGGAGAGUGAUAUUUUAAAUGGCAAAUAUUUUAUCUUAAAGAUUUAAUAUAUCACUGUGAUAUGUUAUAUAAAUCAUGGAAAUAAAUAAAAGGCAAAAGUUAUGUCAUAAUGUAAAUGACAAAUUAAAAUCAUUAAUUGACAUAAUUGAUUGGAAUUAUUUGAAUAAUAUAGCAAUAGAAUAUCAUGAUUUAAAUAAAAUUCAUACGAUUAAAUAUUCGGAACUUAAUGAAGCAAGGAAUAAAAUUGUCUCUAUGUUAAAGUUUAUAGAAAAUUUUGAAUUUAUUGGUAUUGGCAUUGAUGUUCCAGAAUAUUGUAUACCUGCAUUAAUACUAGGAAUAAUUACUAAAGGUUUUGGCUUUGUUAAUUUACCUUCAGACGUUACAGUAUAUAACAAAUUUUUAUCUACCUUGUAUAUAAAAUAUAUUUUUCUAUGGCAUCCCAUAGAUAAUACAGAAAUUAUUUGCAAAUUCGAGUUACACGGUGUACAUUUGUAUCUUUUAAAAAUGAAACUAGCUCAGGAACAAUAUAUAAAAAAUAUUGAAAGUGGUUAUGCUUAUGCCAUUGCAACAUCAGGAUCAACUGGGGAAGAAAAAAUUUGUAAAGUGUUUCAUUCCUGUAUAGUACCCAACAUAAUAGAUUUAAAAUUAAUUCUAUCUAUCACAAAGUCUGACAAAAUUGUACAAUUGACAAAUUUUACAUUUGAUCCUAGUAUAAUAGAAAUAUUUUUAACUUUUCAUUCAGCUAGUACAAUGUGCAUGAUAUCAAAAAGGAUUAAAAAUGAUGUUGAUAGACUUUUGGAUAUAAUAUUUUACAAUGAUGUAACCAUAUUACAAAGCACUCCAUCGCUAUUUCUUCAUAGAUGGUCAACCGAACGUCUUUCCAAUACAAUUCUUGGAAAAGAUAGUCCAUUGAGAAUUAUACUUUUAGGGGGUGAACCAUUUCCCAAGAUAGAUCUACUUAUUGCAAUUAAACACUUUGAUAAUAGAACUCAAUUUUUUAAUAUAUACGGUAUAACCGAGGUAUCAUGUUGGGCUAGUAUUAAUAAGAUUAUGUGGACAGAUGAAGAAAUAGAAUCAUCUUAUCUCGGUACGAUCUUAUCCGAAACUAUAUUUCAAGUUAGAAAUGAAGAUAAUAGUAUAGUGUCAAAUGGAGAUGGUCAUCUUUACAUUGGUAACAAUUUUGUAAUUUUAUAUAUAACUUUAAUUAUAUUAUCUUUAUUUUGUAUAAAAUUUAUAUUUAUUUUAAAUCCAGGAAGCAAUAGUAGAUUAUGUCUCAUUGAUAAUGAAGUUUUGCAAAAUAUAAAAAGACCUGUAUUUCGUAAUACUGGUGACAUUGUACAUAUCGAUAAUAAUGGACGAAUGUUUUAUAAAGGAAGACAAAAUGAUAUAAUAAAACGAUAUGGAAACAAAUUAAAUUUAUUAAGACUGAAUGAAACUAUUAAGAAAUUAAAUUUUGUACGCAAUUGUUAUUCUUGGUGGGAUCCAAUGAGACAUAAAUUACAUUUGUGUAUACAUGCCAUAACAAAUGGAAUUGCUAUAUGUGAAUUAAAAAAAGAUGUAAUAUCGCAUUUAGAAAAAUUACCUGACAUUUAUAAACCUGAUAAAAUUCACUUUAUCAAAAAUAUUGAACUUACAGAGAAUGGAAAGAUUUCUAUUAAAUUCUUAGAGAAAAUAUGUACCGGAGAUAGGAUUAUUAUAUCGAGUAAUCGUCGUGAUACAAUCGAAGAGAAUUUUGAAAGCGUAUGGAAUAAUUAUUUGAAUUUUAAAACUGAUGGAUUUAUAAAAUUAGGCGGAACUUCUAUUAUGGCACUACAAAUUUCAACGGAGAUAUGUGAACUUUUAAAUGCACAAUUUCCAAAUUUAAUUGGGAUGUUACUUAAAGAUGCUACAUUCGAGGAAUGUCUAACAUAUCUUAGAAAUAUUUUAUCGUUUAAUAAACGUAAUGAAAUUGACGUUUCAACAAAUUACACGCCUAUACAUACGUAUGUAACUAUGGAUAAAAUAUUUUCAAAUGACACGUAUAAAAUAAAUGAAGAGAAUAUAUGUUUAUGGCAAAGAUGUAAAGGAAGAACGUACACACAUUUAUCAUUUAAUGAACGAACAUUAAAGUCUGAUAAAAAAACAAUAUCUAAUAUUCGUAUUAAAAAUACAUUUGAUUUACUUAAAUGUGUUGAUGCAUCACCAACUAUAUUUCGUUAUAACAAAGAAACAUUUGUCACGGUUGGUUCUCAUUCGGGUAUAAUAUGCACCGUUGAACUUAAACCUGAUGAUAAUAGCGUUGUAUAUAAAAUUCAACUUCCAAAUAGAAUUGAAUCUUCUGUUGUAGUUUUAGAUAAUUUUAAAGGUAUUGUUGGAUGUUACGAUGGUCAUAUUUAUUGUUUUCAUUUAAAGACAGGCGAUAUUAUUUGGAAAUAUCAAACAAAAGAUAUAAUAAAAUGUACAGCUAUAUUGUCUGAAUCAAAAGAUAAGUUAUUCAUUGGAUCUUAUGAUAAUAAUGUCUACUGCCUUUCUACUGAAAAUGGAGCAAAAAUUUGGAGCGUGAAAGGCAGCGAUGGAAGUAUUUCAGCAAGCGGAUGUUUACAUUCGCAAACAGAAUCAGUAUUAUUUGGAACUUUGGAUGGUUCUUGCAUAGGAAUAAAUCAAUCAAAGGGAAAUAUUUUUUGGAGGCAUAAAUUAAUGAAUCCAAUAUUUGUAUCCCCUAUUAUCCUUAAUAAUGGAUAUGUAAUUUUUUCUACCGUAGGAGGUACAUUAAUCUGUUUCGAUAUACAAGCCGAUACAAAGUUAUGGACAUAUCAAAUAAAUGGCAAUAUAUUUGCCUAUCCAAUAAAUCAAUAUGAUCCAAUAAAAAAUUGUGAAAAUAUUAUUAUAGGAUCUUUAGGAAAGUGUAUAUAUUAUUUGGAAUUAAAUCCAACGAUAGAAAAGGCAGGACCAAUUUUAAAAUAUAUUAAGAAUGUACUCUCACCAAUUUAUGCCACUCCUUGGUGCGAAGAUGGUAAUAUAUGUAUUGCUUGUACAGAUGGUACAUUAUAUGUCUGUAAACUUUCCCAAGGAGAUGUAUUAACUAGUAUAAAACUUGAUGGUGAAAUUUUUUCAUCGCCAGUUUUAGCAAAUGGAUUAAUCACAGUUGGAUGUAGAGAUAAUAAGCUCUAUAUUUUAGAGCAAUGCGAUACUAAUAGAAUGAAUGAAUGAAUGAAUGAAUGAAUAAAUAAUAGAAUAAAAUAAACUGAUAUUAAAUCAAUAUAUUUAUUCCAUAGGACUUUCGUAUUACAGUUUACAUUGCCAAUACCAUCUUGAAGAGAGAAAUAAAAAAAAAAAUAUAUAUAUAUAAUAAUAAUAAUAAUAAUAAUAAUAAUAAUAAUAAUAAUAAUAAUAAUAAUAAUAAUAAUUCACUUAUUCAUCAAAUGUGUAUGCACAAUUCAUAAAAUCUCUUUGUACAUAGUAAGAAAUAGCGAGUGUGUUUGGUGAUUUCAAGCAAUAAGUGCAAGCAAAUAUAGAAAAAAAAAAAAAGAAAGAAAAGUGAAAGAGAGAGAGAAAGAGAGAGAGAGAGAGAGAGAGAGAGAGAAAGAAAUGAUCGAACAUUCAUUCCAUUCUCGCACAACACAACACACACACACAUGCUCUCAGUAGCAGCAAACAGAUGUACGAACAUAUGCAUUUUCUAUCUAUUUCUUUUUUUUUUCUUUUUUCAUUUUUUUUUUCAUUUUCUUUUUUAGCAUACCUUAUCAAGUAAUGAUAGAUAUUUCUGAUAUACAUUCAAGGAUACGUAAAGGAAUAUUCACAUUCGCAAGCUCACAUAAAAUAACAAUAUUUCAACGAUCCAAUUUCAUCUUUACAUAUAUAUAUAUAUAUAUAUGUAUAUAUAUAUAUGUAUAUAUAUUAUAUCCAUGAUAAAACACACUUGAACGCUCUGUUCUCUAUUCCAUUUUUAUAAAGUUAUCUCGUAGACAUUCCUUAUACCUUAAUCAUUUUCUUUUCGAUGUCAUUAUAAUUUACGUUUAGCUCACUUACUUCCAACUGCAAGAAUUAUUAUUAUCUAUAUCAAUAGGAAUAAUAUAUUCUCUAAAGCUAAACUGAAACGUGCUAUUUAUAUUUCUGUACUAUAGAGUACAUUUCUUUCAUAUUAAUCGCUAUAUUGUACCUCUCAUUCUUUACUCUUAAUAUAUAUAUAUAUACAUAUAAAUAUAUAUAUAUAUAUUACAUAUAUAUAUAUAUAUGUAUGUAUAUAUUUCGUCUUUUUAUCGUGACACUGCGCAACAAUAACUAUUAUUUUUUUUCUUAUCUAUUUUUUUUUUGUUCUCGUUCGUUUACCUCCCGUUCGUUUUUAUUUAUUUCAGUAAUUAAAAUACGGCGUACCAUAUAUAUAUAUAUUUUUUUUAUAUAUAUAUAUAUAUAUAUCUGUAGUAAAUCCAUAAAACUUUUGCUAUGCCAUUUUAAAAACUUUAUGCGUUUAUAAUACUAACAAUAAUAUUUUGCUGCUACUGUUUGCGCAUGGCAGGUGUUAUCCUCAAAUAUAACACAUAUUAAUUGUAUAUCAAAGAUCGAAGAAGAUAUUGAAAAAGAUAUUCUCGAUGUGUCUCUUAUAUCAAUCAAAAAGUAUUUGUUUGUUUGUUUGUUUGUCUGUUUGUUUGUUUGUUUUUUUUUUUUUUUUUUUUUUUUUUUUUUAUAGAUCAAAGUAAUCAAAGAUAAUGGGCGUGUGAAUGAGGGAGAAGGGAAAAGGGAAAUUAUUAGUUUUUAAUGACGUUUUAGAUUAAGAGGACAGAAGAAAAAUUGAAGCCCCCCUCCCUCACCCCCCAAAAAAAGUAAGAAAAAUUGA